GAAGGCCCGACGGCAGCACCGAACCCUAGAUCUCGUCCGGAUGUCCAUGGCGCUGCUCAACCUGGCCACGAAGAUGCGGCCCCCGGCCGCCGCCGUCCUCCGUCCCCGCGUCUCGCCUCCGGCCGGCACGCGGCCCCUCCGCUCCAGGCUCUUCAGCUCCUUGGAGGAAGAUGGGGAAAGUGCGAUGAGGCUGUACCAAGAGAAUCUAGCUACACUUGAUCGAGUGAAGAAACACCAGGAAUGCAUGAGGUCGCGCAUUGCGUUUCUCGGGAAGGUGAACAAGUGUCUGAGAUGGUCUUUCAAGCUGCUUAUGCCUAUUCCCACCGCAGCUGUUAUCCUGAAAGUGAUCGAUCACCAGUUAGAGGAGAAGUGAUUAUGCCUUGAUCUGUUUUAUCUAUCUACAUGGCAUGUAUUAUGUAUUUAUGCCUGAAGUGCUUGUCUGGUGUAUGAGGAUUGUGUGGCGUAUGUUAUGCGAUGUGAGACAUCCAUUAUCAUGGUUAAGCAGUGAUAAUACAGGCACUUGGUUAAGUU